AUGAGUGACUCGGAUUCGAGCAAGCGGACCGGCAGGUCACAGUCUUUACCUUUGAGCCAGUUCCCCCGGUUACACGAAGCUGAUGCGACGACGCUUUCAACUGACAAUGCGACGAAUACUACGCCGUCCUUGAGCCAUGGCGACGGGAGGAAUUACUCGACGCUGGUAUAUAAAGACCAUGACCCAGCGAAUGUAACUCAGCACCACCACCACGGCCUACCAUCACUUCAUAUUCGCACGGAUAUCGCAGGACCAGUAUCAAUGGAUGCCGUCAAGGAGAAUGACCCCUAUUUGAACCAAAGCCUCUCGCCUGGAAGUAUUCCCCGGCGCACCCCAAGUCUUCGCGCGAUGCUUGCUACCUCGGCCCCUAAUGAGGGGCUUUCACCCGCGUCAAUAUCAUCUCCCCAAUUAGUGGCGAUGGGCGACAUCACGCCUUUGCCAUCGCCGAUUGGUGGUAUGACUUCUUGGAGACAUCGGCGCGGCUCACAGUCCUUAUCGCGUACCUCUUCAGCCAUGUCACGGAAUGGGUCCAGCCUCAGCUUGCGUCUCAGUGACUCUUCGCAGAUGCUGGGGCCCGCCGAGUCUCGAUCGCGCAAACAAUAUCCGGCCUUGGGAAAAGCCACUGCUGAAAUUUCUCCAGAGGCGCCCGACAAAGGACCCCAAGAGACGGCUCACAAGCAUGCGCGCAAUCGAAGUCUCAGCGAGUAUGUGCCCCCCGGUCGAAGCGUGCCCAUCAAGCCGCGUCCGAUCGCGGUGUCGGGAGCCGGUUUACCCCAGGGUAUGACUUCGUCGGUGAGUACCGAUUCGAAAACAACCAACCUCCACCGCGAAGAAUAUCUAGCCAUCCAGCGGGGCAUUGCUUUACCCACCGUCCGGCCCCCUACUCCGCCCCGAAGCAGGGGCAAUGAAGCGGGCGAUGUUGAAUCCGUCAUUCUUCAAUCUCCGUUGCCUGAUGCCUCGGAGGAGAUUUAUUCAGUGCGCUCCAUUCGAACUGAUCAACCGCGAAAGUAUCGCAAGCUGCGUCAAUUGGGCCAGGGCACUUUCAGUCAAGUCUCCCUGGCAGUGCGCAUGGAGAACCGAGAAAGCAGCGAAGUCCACGAUGGCCCUGUUGUAGACGGCCUAGCGCCUGCAGCCCAGAAGUUGGUUGCUGUCAAGAUUAUUGAGUUCGGACCGGCUGGUGGUGCAGAUGAAGAGCGAUUGGAAGUUUCCCUCAAGCGGGAAGUGGAGAUCCUCAAGUCCGUCAACCAUCCGUCUCUUGUGCAACUCAAGGCGUUUGGAAGCGACGAGAAGCGUGCGCUCCUGGUUUUAGAUUACUGUCCUGGUGGCGACCUUUUCGAUGUUGCUGCAUCGGGUGUCAAGCCUAUGAGCGCAGCACUCAUCCGCCGGAUCUUCGCAGAACUUGUGGACGCAGUGCGGUAUCUGCAUGGCAAUUACAUUGUGCACCGAGACAUCAAACUCGAGAACGUGCUUGUCACGCUUCCUCCCACGGCGAUGGAGAAGAUUACUGACUGGCGCACAUAUGACCGCGCUGUUGUCACGUUGAGCGAUCUCGGGCUUUCCAGACGUAUCCCCGAGCCUCCUGAAAGUCCGUUGCUUCAGACCCGUUGUGGAAGUGAAGAUUACGCGGCGCCAGAGAUUCUGAUGGGACAACCAUACGACGGACGGUCGACUGAUGCAUGGGCCCUGGGAGUGCUCCUCUAUGCCAUGAUGGAGAAUCGGUUGCCGUUUGAUGCCUUGCCUGGUGCCCGAGGCGACCCCGACAAACUUCGAGCCCGGACACCGCACCGCAUCGCUCGAUGCGAAUGGGCGUGGUAUAGAUAUGCCGACAGUGAUGGCGAGUGGGAUCCUGUCAAGGGAAAGGACCUGGAAGGUGCUCGUGAGUGCGUCGAGGGCCUACUGAAGCGCAACACCAGGCGAAAGGGCCUCGACGAGAUUGCGGCCCUGGACUGGGUCAAAGAUGCAAUUGAUGUUCCAGGUGGGCUCAAGCGAGGGGACAGGGAAGUGCCAUAG